GAGCGAGCGUGAGUGCCAAGCACGGCGUGUGCGCCGGUGGCUGGACCUGAGAGUGUCUCGGUGCGCGGCCCUCUAUGCACGGCUGCGCGGGUCAGCGCUGGUGGCGGGGACCUUAACCGCGUGUGUCACAGGGUGACCUGCUCAGGCGCCUUCACGUGACCUCCAUUGUGCUGGCGGCUGUGUCCGGGCGUACCACAGUACCCGAGCGUGUCACAGGGCAUGGCCCUGCGGCUCACAUUCCGGUGGGGAGACCGCUGCAGACGGCUGCGUGUGCCGGGUCGCCGGUUCGACCCCGAGCGACGCCCCCUUCCCCGGGAGGGCGUGGAGGAGUGACACCGCGAGAGGGAGUGGGCGUGUGUGCAGGGAGUGCGUGACGUUGCCGGCGGCCCGGCGUGUGAGCGGCAGCGUGGGAGUGUGGGACGGCGCGCGGGAGGGGUCCCGGGGGCGCGCGGCGGCGGCGGCGGCGGCGGCGGCGGCGGCGCAUGCGGAUCCGGCCGAGCAGCCCCACGGAUGCCCGCACGGAGGGCGGUGUGCGCGGCGAGCCCCGGGGACCGCGGCGGCGCGCAGGCCCCGCCCACCCCAAUGGCACAAGGUCCGGGGGAAGUGGACAACAUGGAGGGCCCAGCAGCUGCCAACAACAACAACCCCUCCCGCUGGGAGAGCCCGGACAGGGGCUGGGAUCGAGAGCCCCCGGCGGCCGGCAACGCAGCUGCCUCGCUCUUCGAGUGCUCUCGGAUCAAGGCCUUAGCAGACGAGCGAGAGGCUGUGCAGAAGAAGACCUUCACCAAGUGGGUGAAUUCGCACCUCGCGCGCGUGGGCUGUCACAUCGCCGACCUGUACGCGGACCUGCGGGACGGGUUUGUGCUCACCCGGCUCCUGGAGGUGCUCUCGGGGGAGCAGCUGCCGAGGCCCACGCGCGGCCGCAUGCGGAUCCACUCGCUGGAGAACGUGGACAAGGCCCUGCAGUUCCUGAAGGAGCAGCGUGUGCACCUGGAGAACGUGGGCUCCCACGACAUCGUGGAUGGGAACCAUCGGCUGACGCUGGGGCUGGUCUGGACCAUCAUCCUGCGCUUCCAGAUUCAAGUCAUCAAAAUCGAGACGGAGGACAACAGAGAGACCCGCUCAGCCAAGGACGCUCUGCUCUUGUGGUGCCAGAUGAAGACAGCUGGCUACCCGGAGGUAAACAUUCAGAACUUCACCACCAGCUGGAGAGAUGGCCUGGCCUUCAAUGCCCUCAUCCACCGUCACAGGCCUGAUCUGGUGGAUCUCAGCAAACUCACCAAGUCCAACGCCAACUACAACCUGCAGAGAGCUUUCCGCACAGCCGAGCAGCACCUGGGGCUAGCGCGGCUGCUGGACCCCGAAGAUGUGAACAUGGAGGCUCCGGAUGAAAAGUCCAUCAUCACCUACGUGGUGUCCUUCUACCACUACUUCUCCAAGAUGAAGGCUCUGGCUGUGGAGGGAAAGCGGAUUGGGAAGGUCCUGGACCAGGUGCUGGAGGUGGACAAGGUCAUAGCGCGCUAUGAGGAGCUGGCGGCGGAGCUGCUGGCCUGGAUCCACCGCACCGUGGGCCUCAUCAGCAACCAGAAGUUCGCCAACUCGCUGAGCGGCGUGCAGCAGCAGCUGCAGGCGUUCACGGCCUACUGCACGCUGGAGAAGCCGGUCAAGUUUCAGGAGAAGGGGAACCUGGAGGUGCUCCUCUUCAGCAUCCAGAGCAAACUGCGCGCCCACAACCGGCGCCUCUUUGUGCCCCGGGAAGGCUGUGGCAUCUGGGAUAUCGACAAGGCAUGGGGUGAGCUGGAGAAGGCAGAGCAUGAGCGGGAGGCAGCCCUCAGGGCUGAGCUCAUCCGCCAGGAGAAGCUGGAACUCUUGGCGCAGAGAUUCGACCACAAGGUGGCCAUGAGGGAGAGCUGGCUAAAUGAGAACCAGCGUCUGGUUUCCCAGGACAACUUCGGCUAUGAGCUGCCGGCAGUGGAGGCCGCCAUGAAGAAGCACGAAGCCAUCGAGGCGGACAUUGCGGCCUACGAGGAACGGGUGCAGGGUGUGGCAGAGCUAGCCCAGGCGCUGGCCCAGGAAGGCUACUAUGACGCCCGUCGGGUGGCAGCGCAGCGUGACAGCGUGCUGCGCCAGUGGGCCCUGCUGACUGGGCUGGUGGGGGCCCGGCGGACCCGGCUGGAGCAGAACCUGGCCCUGCAGAAGGUCUUCCAGGAGAUGGUCUACAUGGUGGACUGGAUGGAGGAGAUGCAGACUCAGCUGCUGUCUCGGGAAUGCGGGCAGCAUCUGGUGGAGGCUGACGAUCUGCUGCAGAAGCAUGAGCUCCUAGAGGCCGACAUUGCAGCCCAGACUGAGCGGGUGGAGGCCCUCAAUGCUGCGGCCCUCAGGUUCUCCCAGCUGCAGGGCUACCAGCCCUGCGACCCUCAGGUCGUUUGCAACCGCGUGAACCACGCGCACGGCUGCCUGUCGGAGCUGCAGGAGCAGGCGGCGCGGCGGCGCGCGGAGCUGGAGGCGUCCCGGAGCCUGUGGGCGCUGCUGCAGGAGCUGGAGGAGGCGGAGAGCUGGGCCCGGGACAAGGAGCGCCUCCUGGAGGCGGCGGGCGGCGGCGGCGGCGCGGCGGGCACGGCGGACGGCGCGCACGACCUGUCCAGCACCGCUCGCCUGCUGGCGCAGCACAAGAUCCUGCAGGGCGAGCUGGGCGGCCGCCGGGCGCUGCUGCAGCAGGCGCUGCGCCGCGGGGAGGAGCUGGCUGCGGCCGGCGGCUCCGUGGGGCCGGGCGCCGAGCCCUUGCACCUGGCCGGCCUGGCGGAGCGCGCGGCUGGCGCCCGGCGCCGCUGGCAGCGGCUGGAGGAGGCGGCGGCGCGCCGGGAGCGGAGGCUGCAGGAGGCGCGGGCGCUGCACCAGUUCGGCGCGGACCUGGACGGGCUCCUGGACUGGCUUCGCGACGCCUAUCGCCUGGCCGCGGCCGGCGACUUCGGUCACGACGAGGCGUCCAGCCGGCGCCUGGCGCGCCAGCACCGCGCGCUCACCGGGGAGGUGGAGGCCCACCGCGGCCCCGUGGGCGGCCUGCGGCGCCAGCUAGCCGCCCUGGGCGGGGCCGGCGGCGCCGGGCCGCUGGUGGUGGCGCUGCAGGUGCGCGUGGUGGAAGCCGAGCAGCUGUUCGCAGAGGUGACCGAGGUGGCCGCCCUGCGGCGCCAGUGGCUUCGCGACGCGCUCGCCGUGUACCGGAUGUUCGGCGAGGUGCACGCGUGCGAGCUGUGGAUCGGCGAGAAAGAGCAGUGGCUGCUGGCCAUGCGCGUGCCCGAUUCCCUCGACGACGUGGAGGUGGUGCAGCACCGAUUUGAAAGUCUGGACCAGGAGAUGAACAGUCUGAUGGGCCGCGUCCUGGAUGUGAACCACACAGUUCAGGAGUUGGUGGAAGGGGGUCACCCCAGCUCAGAUGAAGUGCGCUCCUGUCAGGAUCACCUCAACAGCAGGUGGAACCGCAUCGUGGAGCUGGUGGAGCAGCGCAAGGAGGAGAUGAGCGCAGUGCUGCUGGUGGAGAACCACGUGCUGGAGGUGGCCGAGGUGCGCGCCCAGGUGCGGGAGAAGCGGCGCGCUGUGGAGAGCGCGCCGCGGGCCGGCGGGGCCCUGCAGUGGCGCCUGAGCGGCCUGGAGGCGGCGCUGCAGGCGCUGGAGCCGCGGCAGGCGGCGCUGCGGGAGGAGGCGGCGCUGCUGGCCGAGCGCUUCCCGGCGCAGGCGGCGCGCCUGCAGCGGGGCGCCGAGGAGCUGGGGGCCGAGUGGGGCGCGCUGGCCGGGGCGGCCCAGGCCUGCGGCGAGGCGGUGGCGGCGGCGGGGCGCCUGCAGCGUUUCCUGCGCGAUCUGGAUACGUUCCUGGACUGGCUGGUGCGAGCGCAGGAGGCGGCGGGCGCCGUCGAGGGGCCGCUGCCGCGCAGCCUGGAGGAGGCCGACGCGCUGCUGGCGCGCCACGCCGCGCUCAAGGAGGAGGUGGAUCAGCGCGAGGAGGACUACACGCGCAUCGUGGCGGCCAGCGAGGCGCUGUUGGCGUCUGAGGGCGCCGAGCUGGGCCCCGGGCUGGCGCUGGACGACUGGUUGCCGCACCUGGAGGUGGGCUGGCACAAACUGCUCGGCCUGUGGGAGGAGCGCAGGGAGGCGCUGGUCCAGGCGCACGUCUACCAGCUCUUCCUCAGAGACCUGUGCCAGGCGCUCGCGGUGCUGCGCAACCAGGAGGUGGCGCUGUCUGGUGCUGAGCUCCCCUGCACGGUGGAGUCGGUGGAAGAGGCUGUGAAAAGGCACCGGGAUUUUCUCACCACGAUGGAGCUGAACCAGCAAAAGAUGCAGGUGGCGGUGCAAGCCGCAGAGGGCCUGCAGCGGCAAGGCAACGCCUACGGCGAGCAGGCGCAGGAGGCCGUGGCCCGGCUGCUGGAGAAGAGCCAAGAAAACCAGCUGAGGGCCCAGCGGUGGAUGCAAAAGCUGCUGGACCAGCUCGUGCUGCAGCACUUCCUUCGAGAGUGUCACGAGUUGGAUGGCUGGAUCCAUGAAAAGAUGCUGAUGGCUCGUGACGGCACGCGGGAGGACAGCCACAAGCUGCACAAGAGAUGGCUCCGGCACCAGGCGUUCAUGGCCGAGCUGGCUCAGAAUAAGGAGUGGCUGGAGAAGAUAGAGAGGGAGGGCCAGCAGCUGAUGCAGGAGAAACCGGAGCUGGCAGCCUCUGUGCGCAAGAAGCUGGGUGAGAUCCGGCAGUGCUGGGCAGAGCUGGAGAGUACCACGCAGGCCAAGGCGCGGCAGCUCUUUGAGGCCAGCAAGGCAGACCAGCUCGUGCAGAGCUUUGCGGAGCUGGACAAGAGGUUGCUUCACAUGGAAAGCCAGCUGCAAGACGUGGACCCUGGCGGGGACCUGGCUACAGUCAACAGCCAGCUCAAGAAGCUGCAGUCCAUGGAAUCCCAGGUGGAGGAGUGGUGCCGUGAGGUGGGCGAGCUGCAGGCGCAGACGGCGGCGCUGCCGCUGGAGCAGGCGAGCAAGGACUUGGUGGGCGAGCGGCAGAGCGCGGUGGGCGAGCGCCUGGUGCGCCUGCUGGAGCCGCUGCAGGAGCGUCGCCGCUUGCUGUUGGCCUCCAAGGAGCUGCAUCAGGUGGCACACGACCUGGACGACGAACUGGCAUGGGUUCAAGAGCGCCUGCCACUGGCCAUGCAGACGGAGCGAGGCAAUGGCUUGCAAGCUGUCCAGCAGCACAUCAAAAAGAACCAGGGCCUGCGGCGGGAGAUCCAGGCGCACGGGCCGCGCCUGGAGGAGGUGCUGGAGCGCGCUGGCGCGCUGGCCUCGCUGCGCAGCCCGGAGGCGGAGGCGGUGCGCCGCGGCCAGGAGCAGCUGCAGAGCGCGUGGGCCGGCCUGCGCGAGGCGGCCGAGCGGCGGCAGCAGACGCUGGACGCCGCCUUCCAGGUGGAGCAGUACUACUUCGACGUGGCGGAAGUGGAGGCCUGGCUGGGCGAGCAGGAGCUGCUCAUGAUGAGUGAGGACAAGGGCAAGGAUGAGCAGAGCACCCUGCAGCUGCUCAAGAAGCACCUGCAGCUGGAGCAGGGCGUGGAGAACUACGAAGAAAGCAUCGCGCAGCUGUCGCGCCAGUGCCGGGCGCUGCUGGAGAUGGGCCAUCCCGACAGUGAGCAGAUCAGCCGGCGGCAGUCUCAGGUGGACCGCCUCUACGUGGCGCUCAAGGAGCUGGGCGAGGAGCGCAGGGUCAGCCUGGAGCAGCAGUACUGGCUGUACCAGCUCAGCCGGCAGGUGGACGAGCUGGAACACUGGAUAGCCGAGAAGGAGGUGGUGGCCGGCUCGCCCGAGCUGGGCCAGGACUUUGAGCACGUGUCGGUGCUGCAGGAGAAGUUCUCGGAGUUCGCCAGCGAGACGGGAACCGCGGGGCGAGAGCGGCUGGCGGCCGUCAACCAGAUGGUGGACGAGCUGAUCGAGUGCGGGCACACGGCGGCGGCCACCAUGGCCGAGUGGAAGGACGGACUGAACGAGGCCUGGGCCGAGCUGCUGGAGCUCAUGGGCACCCGGGCCCAGCUGCUGGCGGCCUCGCGGGAGCUGCACAAGUUCUUCAGCGACGCCCGGGAGCUGCAGGGGCAGAUCGAGGAGAAGCGCCGGCGGCUGCCCCGCCUCACGGCGCCGCCGGAGCCCAGACCCAGCGCCAGCUCCAUGCAGCGGACCCUGCGGGCCUUCGAGCACGACCUGCAGCUCCUCGUGUCCCAGGUGCGGCAGCUGCAGGAGGGCGCAGCCCAGCUGCGGACGGUGUACGCGGGCGAGCACGCCGAGGCCAUCGCCAGCCGCGAGCAGGAGGUGUUGCAGGGCUGGAAGGAGCUGCUGGCGGCCUGUGAGGACGCUCGUCUGCACGUCAGCUCCACGGCCGACGCCCUACGCUUCCACAGCCAGGCCCGCGACCUGCUCUCCUGGAUGGACGGCAUCGCGGGCCAGAUCGGGGCGGCUGACAAACCCAGGGAUGUGUCCUCCGUGGAGCUGCUUAUGAACUACCACCAGGCCCUGAAGACGGAGCUGGAGGCCCGCGGGCCCGAGCUGGCGGCCUGCCAGGAGCUCGGCCGCUCCCUGCUGCUCAACAAGAGCGCCAUGGCUGACGAGAUCCAGGCGCAGCUGGACAAGCUGGGAAGCCGGAAGGAGGAGGUGUCGGAGAAGUGGGACCGCCACUGGGAGUGGCUGCAGCAGAUGCUGGAGGUGCACCAGUUUGCGCAGGAGGCCGUGGUGGCCGAGGCCUGGCUCACGGCCCAGGAGCCGCUCCUGCAGAGCCGCGAGCUGGGCAGCAGCGUGGACGAGGUGGAGCAGCUGAUCCGCAGACAUGAGGCCUUCCGGAAGGCGGCCGCGGCGUGGGAGGAGAGGUUCAGCUCUCUGCGGCGCUUGACCACGAUCGAGAAGCUCAAGGCGGAGCAGAGCAAGCAGCCACCCACCCCCCUGCUGGGGCGCAAGUUCUUUGGGGACCCCACGGAGCUGGCGGCCAAGGCGGCUCCGCUGCUCCGCCCGGGGGGCUAUGAGAGGGGCCUGGAGCCCUUGGCCCGCAGGGCCUCGGACACGCUGUCGGCGGAGGUGCGGACCCGGGUCGGGUACGUGCGCCAGGAGCUGAAGCCCGAGCGCCUGCAGCCGCGCAUCGACCGGCUGCCCGAGGCCUCGGGGAAGGCGGAGGCCGCAGUGCCGGAGCCGGCGGACAGCCCCGGGCCGCUGGCGGGGACGGAGCAGGCGCGGCCCCGGCCGGAGCGCCAGGAGGCCGCGGACCGCGCGGAGGAGCCGCCGCGGAGGCGACGGUCCGAGCGCCAGGAGGCCGCCGACCAGCCCGAGGAGGCGGCGCGGAGGCGGAGGCCCGAGCGCCAGGAGUCCGCGGACCACGACGGGCCGCACAGCCUUACUCUGGGGCGCUACGAGCAGAUGGAGAGGCGGCGCGAGCGGCGCGAGCGGAGGCUGGAGCGCCAGGAGUCCAGCGAGCAGGAGACCCCCAGAGGGGAGCCGGUCAAAGGGAAGGCCACGCUGGCGGAUAUCGUGGAGCAGCUUCAGGAGAAAGAGGCAGGCCCAGGGCUCCCUGCUGGGGUGCCGUCGCUGCCUCAGCCUCGCGAGCUGCCCCCUGGUCGCCUGCCCAACGGGCUCGAGCCGCCCGAGCGGACACCUCGGCCCGAUCGGCCGCGGGCACGGGACCGGCCCAAGCCGCGCCGGCGGCCGCGGCCCCGAGAGGGUGGUGAGGGCGGGGGCAGCCGGCGCUCGCGCUCCGCCCCUGCGCAGGGCGGUGCCAAUCCUGCGCCUCCGCCCCCGCCCACGCACACAGUGCAGCACGAGGGCUUCCUGCUGCGCAAGCGCGAGCUCGACGCUAACCGCAAGUCGUCCAACCGGUCAUGGGUGAGCCUAUACUGUGUGCUCAGCAAGGGCGAGCUGGGCUUCUACAAGGACUCCAAAGGGCCAGCAUCGGGGGGCACGCACGGCGGGGAGCCGCUGCUGAGCCUGCACAAAGCCACCAGCGAGGUGGCUAGCGACUACAAGAAAAAGAAGCAUGUCUUCAAGCUCCAGACCCAGGACGGCAGCGAGUUCUUGCUCCAGGCUAAAGAUGAGGAGGAGAUGAAUGGCUGGCUGGAGGCUGUGGCCAGCUCAGUGGCAGAACACGCGGAGAUUGCCCGCUGGGGCCAGACACUACCUACCACGUCAUCCACAGACGAGGGAAACCCCAAGCGUGAGGGCGGGGAACGCAGGGCCAGCGGGCGCCGGAAGUGAUCGCAGGUACCCUCCCCCCGUUGGAAUCUGACGAGUCUCCUUGCCCCUCUUCUCCACACCGUGGACACAAAGACAGUUUCUCAUCCGCAAGGGCAGGAAUGGCUGCGGAUGUGCCACGGUGGGCCCUGGAAUGGAAGGGACUUCUCCUGCACUCCAAGAGCUGGUGGUAGGGGGUUGCCGUCCCUAUAGCCAUAUCUCGGUCCCUUCCCGCUCGCCAACCACCCCAGGUGCUGGGGCUCCAUUCUUUUUAUGCAAUAACUGAGCUUGGUGGGGACGGGCGGGGAGCAAGUUGAGCCACGCCCCUGCCCAGUCUUCAGAUCCUGCCCGAGAAGCUGGAGUGGCGAGGGAUCUGGGAGGCGGUGACACCUGUUGGCCUCCUCUCCGCCCUAAGGAUGGACACGGGGGCGCUGGUGAGGUCCCCUGGACCAUCCAGGGUGCUAGGGGGUGGGGAGGGGACAUACUCCCUCCCCGCCUUUACCUCACUUCCAAUGCUGCCUUGAUCGGUCUGGGAAGAGGGAGCGAAGGGGCCCUUAGCCCCUGCACUCCACCAUCUCAGAGCCUUGUGGUUAAUUCCUGACUUAGUUUAUUUUUGCAAAAACGUAGACCUCCCUCUCCUUCCCCCGCCCCGCAUCCGCGAAGGCUUUUAAUAGGAGGGGAGUCAAAGUUCAAAACUGUCUUCCUCUCUCCUCUCCCACCCAGCUGUAAAUGCCACUUCCCGAGGGGAGGGGGGUGGGGAAGCCCUCCCCCUGCAUGCUUCUGGCUGGAGCACCUCCCUGGGAGCGUGUGUGUUGGGGGAUCAGGGUUACAAGCAGCCCCAGUGGCUGCCCGGAGCCGCCGCCGGGGCCGGGGGUGCGAGGCGAUGUGGCAGGCGCACACUUUAUGUACCUAUAAUAAACCCUUUGGCUUUGACGGUC